CUUUAAGCGGUGAGACACCGGCAUUUUCAGCACCAUCACUGCCGGGUAGUCCUAGUAACUGACAAACAAUCUAUUUAGGAAAAAAAGUAACUCACUUACUAAGCUAAGUAGUUUUUUUUAUUAUUAUUAUUCUUAUUUUUUUUUUAAACGUAAUGCCUGGGUUUUCCGACCGAGAUCGUGGGAGAGACAGAGGAUAUGGCAGCGGCCCUCCUCGCUUUGGCGGAAGCCGCGGAAGCAGCGGCUCCUCCGGGAAGUACGGCAAUCCUGGGGAAAGACUCCGUAAGAAGCACUGGAACCUGGACGAGCUCCCAAAGUUCGAGAAGAACUUCUACCAAGAGCACCCCGACGUUACAAGAAGACCGGCUCAAGAAGUUGAUCAGUACAGGAGGAGUAAAGAAAUCACAGUGAAAGGGAGAGAUUGCCCAAACCCUGUACUGAAGUUCCAUGAGGCCAGUUUUCCGACGUAUGUGAUGGAUGUGAUCACCAAGCAGAAUUUCUCAGAACCUACACCCAUCCAAGCUCAAGGGUGGCCGCUGGCUUUGAGUGGCAAGGACAUGGUGGGAAUUGCCCAGACAGGUUCUGGUAAAACGCUCUCGUACCUGCUGCCUGCCAUUGUUCACAUCAACCACCAGCCUUUCCUGGAACGCGGUGAUGGCCCCAUUUGUCUGGUACUGGCACCAACUCGUGAGUUGGCUCAGCAGGUCCAGCAGGUUGCAGCCGAGUACGGAAAGGCCUCCCGGCUGAAAUCUACUUGCAUCUAUGGUGGUGCUCCCAAAGGACCCCAAAUUCGUGACCUCGAACGAGGAGUUGAGAUUUGCAUCGCAACUCCCGGAAGGCUCAUUGACUUCCUCGAAGCUGGAAAGACUAAUCUUCGACGAUGCACUUACCUGGUCCUGGAUGAGGCUGACCGGAUGCUGGACAUGGGCUUUGAGCCACAGAUACGAAAAAUUGUGGACCAAAUCCGACCUGACAGGCAGACGCUGAUGUGGAGUGCCACCUGGCCAAAGGAGGUGCGUCAGCUGGCUGAGGACUUCCUGAAGGACUAUGUACAGAUCAACGUGGGUGCCCUGCAGCUGAGUGCCAACCACAAUAUCUUGCAGAUUGUGGAUGUAUGCAAUGAUGGAGAGAAGGAUGACAAGCUUCUUCGCCUGCUGGAAGAAAUCAUGAGUGAGAAGGAGAACAAGACCAUAAUCUUUGUGGAGACGAAGCGCCGCUGUGAUGACCUCACAAGGCGAAUGAGAAGAGAUGGAUGGCCAGCAAUGGGGAUUCAUGGUGAUAAGAGUCAACAGGAAAGGGACUGGGUUCUUAAUGAGUUCAAAUAUGGGAAGGCCCCCAUCCUUAUUGCCACAGAUGUUGCCUCCAGGGGUCUAGAUGUGGAAGAUGUCAAGUUUGUCAUCAACUAUGACUACCCUAACUCCUCGGAGGACUACAUCCAUCGCAUCGGGAGGACGGCCCGCAGCCAGAAAACCGGGACAGCCUACACCUUCUUCACCCCUGGCAACAUGAGGCAGGCCAGCGACCUAGUCUCUGUGCUCCGUGAGGCCAACCAGGCCAUCAACCCCAAGCUCCUCCAGAUGGCAGAAGACAGAGGAGGUCGUUCAAGGGGGGGAAGAGGUGGCGGUUAUAGAGACGAUCGUCGCGACAGAUACUCUGGAGGCAGAAGAGAUUUCGGCAGCUUCAGGGACAGAGACAACGACAGGGGAUAUGACAGCGGACCAAAGAAGGCCUUUGGCACAAGCACCCAGAACGGAGGUUACGGGACCAGCAACUAUGACAACAGCAGCAGCAGUUCAGCCUCUACCACCAGCUUUACCAGUGGCUACGGCAACAAUGGACAAUCUGGCUUCAGUGCCACAAACCAGGCCGUUGCGUUUGGGGGUCAAAACUUCCAGAACCAGCAGUAUGGUGCAGCCCAGGGGGUGGCAGCAGCUGCCCAGAAUGGCAUAGCUCACCCGCAGUUUCCUUUUAAUCCUCAGCAGGCACAGCAGCCACCCCAGCCCAUGGUACCCUACCCCAUGCCUCCACCCUUCCCUCAGUAAACACGCACACAAUGUAGGAAUAAUUUAUUGUCCUUGAAGCCCAGAAUCCUUUGCCCUGAUUGUACUGUUUUAUUUGUUUUGGGGUUUUUUUUUUUUUUUGUUAUAAAGGAUUGAUACUUUUGACAUUCUAUGCCUUUAACAAUUUGGAGUCCAAGGUAGUUUAUAGUGCAACAGUAAUGGCACUCUUUUACUAUUUAAUUUUGUUACAUUCCUCCAUAACUUUAGUCUGUAUUUUGUACUAGUUGAUACAGGCCCUCUCAGUUUCCACUGUAACGUUGAAAGUGAUAUGUUCAACUGUUAAAGGCACUGCAUGGCCUUUAAAAUAAAUCCAAAAAACACCA